CAUUGGUGCAGGGAAUCCAUGCCCUUUCUCAGCGCCAACGCUCUUGGAUCGCUGAUUGAAUCAGCCGUAUCAACUAAAUCCCUUCUACUGGGUCGAGCUGUUCACGGUCACAUCAUCAGAACAAUUUCACCCCCUUUCCCACCUUUCCUCUCUAACCAUCUCAUCAACCUCUACUCCAAACUCGACUCUCCCAAUUCAGCUCAGCUCCUUCUUUCCCUCAUCCCGUACCCUUGUCGUUCCGUCGUCACGUGGACCUCUCUCAUCUCCGGCUCUGUCCAAAAUGGUCAUUUCACAUCUGCCCUCUCACAUUUCUCUAACAUGCGCCGUGACUCUAUUCAACCCAAUGACUUCACUUUCCCUUGCCUUUUUAAAGCUGCAGCAUUCUUGCAUUCCCCUGUAAUAGGACAACAGCUUCAUGCACUCGCAAUUAAGACUAGCUUCGUUAAUGACGUGUUUGUUGGGUGUAGCGCUUUUGAUAUGUAUGGGAAAACGGGUUUACGGUGUUAUGCGGACAAGGUGUUUGAUGAAAUGCCUCAGAGGAAUAUCGCGACCUGGAAUGCCUGUAUUUCUAAUUCUGUGCUUGAUGGGAGGCCGUACGAUGCGGGUUUGAAAUUUGUUGAGCUCUUACGAGUGGGUGAAGAGAAACCUAAUUCCAUUACUUUUUGCGUGUUUUUGAAUGCUUGCUCGGAUGGUUUGUGUUUGAUGCUUGGGCGGCAGUUGCAUGGUUAUGUGAUUCGACUUGGGUUUGGAUCAGAUGUAUCUGUUUUAAAUGGAUUGAUUGAUUUUUAUGGGAAAUGUCGUGAGGUGGAGUAUUCGGAGAUGGUUUUUGAUGAGAUGAGUGCGCGUAAUGGUGUAUCGUGGUGCACUAUGUUGGCUGUGUAUGAACAGAAUGAUAUAUGGGAGAAGGCUUUUAUGGUGUUUCUUAAGGCAAGGAAGGAACGUAUUAAUCCAACUGAAUUCAUGAUUUCAAGUGUGCUUAGUGCUUGUGCAGGAAUGGCGGUGCUUGAGCUGGGGAGGUCUAUUCAUGGUCUUGCAGUAAAGGCUUGUAUCGAGAGUAAUGUAUUUGUUGGCAGUGCACUUGUUGACAUGUAUGGGAAAUGUGGUAGCAUAGAAGAUUGUGAGAGCGCUUUUUAUGAAAUGCCUGAGAGGAAUUUGAUAACUUGGAAUGCGAUAAUGGGUGGUUAUGCUCAUCAAGGGCGCGCGGACAUGGCAUUGAAUUUGUUUGAGGAGAUGACAAGUGGAAGACAUAAUGUGGUGCCUAAUUAUGUGACGUUUGUUUCUGUAUUGACAGCUUGUAGUAGGGCUGGAGCUGUUAAAAUAGGCAUGGAUAUCUUUGAAUCUAUGCGUAAGAAGUACGGGAUUGAACCAGGGCCAGAACAUUAUGCAUGUGCUGUGGACAUGCUUGGAAGGGCUGGUUGGGUGGAGCGCGCAUAUGACUUUAUCAAGCAAAUGCCUGUUCCGCCUACAGUUUCAGUCUGGGGAGCUCUUUUAGGGGCUUGCAAGGUUUAUGGAAAACCUGAACUAGGGAAGGUUGCAGCUGGCAAUUUGUUUCGACUUGAUCCAAAAGACUCUGGAAACCAUGUCAUUCUUUCUAAUAUGUUUGCAGCUGCUGGAAGGUGGGAUGAAGCUAAUCUCGUCAGGAAGGAGAUGAAAGAUGUUGGCAUCAAGAAAGGGGCCGGAUUCAGUUGGAUAUCUGCAAAGAAUUCUACCCAUAUUUUCCAAGCAAAGGAUACAACUCAUGAGAGAUACCCAGAGAUUCAAGCAAUGCUGGCCAAGUUAAAGAGAGAUAUGAAAGCAGCAGGUUAUACUGCUGACACGAAUUUCGCGCUAUACGACUUAGAGGAGGAAGAAAAGGAAUCGGAAGUUUGGUACCACAGUGAGAAGAUUGCACUUGCAUUUGGUCUCAUUGCUAUCCCUCCUGGAGUCCCAAUAAGGAUAACAAAAAACCUGAGGGUUUGUGUGGAUUGCCAUAGUGCAAUAAAGUUCAUCUCGGGCAUUACUGGUAGAGAAAUUAUUGUAAGAGAUAACAACCGAUUUCAUUCUUUCAAGGACUACCAGUGCUCAUGUAGAGAUUAUUGGUGAAUCUAGUUUACGUAUUCCAGAGAAUUCCGGAUGCUUCCUUCCCAUUCUGCUAUUGAUCCAAGCACUAAUUUACACUCGUGAUGCUACUGCAGCAAUAGGAGUGAUGUUCAGGUUGAGGGUCUGAACUAGAAGAUUUCACCUCCAUAAGUUUUCUUCACUUUCAAGGCCAAGCUGGAAUUGCAUACAAGGUUCACCAUCCCCAGCUAGAGGCACAGUUAAGAGCUUUACAAAUCUGAAACUCAACGUUUGCACUGGCACUGCAGAAGCAGCUCUGCCUAACACAUUUGUGAGCGCUGCAAGCACGAAGAGUGAAUUCUUCUGGUUCUAUAACAUGUCAUGUUAUUUUAUCUUCACAUUGAUGACAAAACAAUUGAAUGUGGGAUGAAGGUCCUGGUGCUGCCAGAGCACCGUAUGCAAGUUUCCGGCGAUUUUGGACAUGAAAACUUUCAAGUUGAUUGAAGCAACAGUUCUCAGAAAAGCACUUUGGACGAUGAGGUCUAGUGGGUGGACAUACCAGACAGACAUUUGUGUUCUCAAUGCAACUCAGUUUGCUAGUUUGAAGGAGUGGUUUCAAAAUCAAAAAAUACGAUAAAACGAGGAGAAAACUGGACUCAUUUUUGAAGUCAAGUGCACAAUUUAAACUCUUUGCCGAUGACUACAGGACUUGGUGGUCGAAAACGCAUGGAAAUUUUCUUGAUAGCUACUUCCAAUAUUUGGUGGAUGCAGCUGAGCCAAUUUCUAACGCGCUUUCGGAGGAUACACAUCAAGGAUGUACCGUUGCAGCCCCAAAGGAUGAUAAUUCUUCCCUUCCGGAGGUCAUAUUGAUCGAGCAAUGCAAAGGCAAGGGGUCUCAAUUACUUAUAAAAGCUCUAACGGAACAGGUGCAUGAUCAAGGCGACCAAGGUGGCAAAAGCCCAUUUUCGUUAAGUGUAGUUGCUCAAGCUUCUAAUAAGAGAUCGUCUCAAGGUGAGAGUGAUUGCAGUCAUGAAGAUCGUUGUUGGAGGAAAGUGAGGUCACGUUCAGAAAAAUUGGAAGAUGCUGAUUUAGCAGUAGUCGAGAUUCCUGACAGCGUUAGUAGUCCUUCGAGGACUUUGACAGCUCUUAUUAAAGAGCCAAAUAGUGUUGGACCAUUACAACGACGAAGGUCAACAGAGAGUGGUGAGUCUGUUUCUGGUCCGGACCCAAUAAAAUCAUCUUCUACAACUAAGGCAGAACAGGGGCAAACUUCUAUUUCUCGUGAUGAAGUGAAAGAAAAGUUGAGUUAUGACUUGCAAAAAUGUCCAGCAGCUGCAGUGUCCUUAUUUGAUAGAAAAAAGGUUGUCUUGAACUACAGACAAAUGUUUAUUUCUAAUCUUUGGGCUGUGAUUCGAGAUAAGCUUUCUGGAAGUGAUGUAGACAAGGCUUCGUCUCUUAAAGAGGAAAUCCAAGUGAUUCUCAAGGAUAUGGAUGGAAGGACGUGGAUGUUUCCCUUUGAUGAAAUUAUUGAAGUCGUUUUUUGAGCUUGCCGCUUCGUACAACAAGGCACGAUCAAACCUACAUGAUAAGGAGUGGAAGCUGCCAGAAAAGAGUUAUUUAUAGCAGUUGGAGAACAUCUUUCAAAUGCCAUGUUUAAAGAACACGAGAAGGUUGAAAGAGCUUCGUCUAUCCGUCAAUCUCUAGAGGAGGUGAAAGAGAAGAUAUAAAAAAUGCGCACAAAGAAGAAGAACUUAAAGUCCUCUUAGAAGCCACCGAGAAGGAAGUCGAAGAAGCUAAUUUAAGAGCCUUGACUGCUGGAAAGGAGUUUGAUGCAAGCCAUGAUGUAGACUUGUCGAAUGCCGACGACUCGAUUGAUUUAGAGCAGAAGAAGGAGCACCUGGAAGCUAUGCACCAUGACUUAAUCAAUUACAAAUUGUGUUUAGAUUAGUCCAUAGAAAGUAUUUCAAAGGCUCUCUUUCUCUCUCUGCUUUUUUUUUUUUUGGAUUAGUGGAUGUAAUUAUCAGAAAUAAAGACUCUUUUUAUUUUGUUUUAGACUGUACAUUC